GGUGAUUUGCUUCCAGAAUACAAAAUGAAGAGGAAAAUGCUGAUUGGUCAGAUUCUCAUGCUGUUGAUGUCAGUCAUAUCUUCAGGCUUGGCCAAUGAAAAUCUCAAGUGUUACACCGACGGCAUACAGCUCAUUACGUGUGUUUGGAACACUUCGUCAGUGGAAGACAGAUUUCAAAUAACACCAACCACCAACUGUUCCCUGCAAAGCAUCGAUGAUAAUUACAUAAGAAAAAUUCCUCUCAGAGUUAACCUGGAGCCUCUUGGCGGCUCACAGUCGAAAUUACGUCAAGGAACUCUUCAAUUUGCUGAGAGUACUUUGACUGAUGGUUCCCCAGAUGUCCCGCUGGAUGUACGGUGUGAAAACAUAACUAAUCUAUUGGAAAGUAUCCCGGAGUUUUAUCCCCCAUCUUUUGUUAAGUUGUAUCCUCCUGAGAAGCCAGUUGUGAACAAAGGGAAUGUCACCUGGAAACAAGGUUCUCCUCACUCUGGAUUUGUCUUUGCUGUGAAGUAUAAGGUGCAGUGGGGUUUGCUUGAGAACAGCUGGGAGAAGAACCAGGUGGCGUUGACAGAAGAGACACAGUGUGAGUUACCAUUAGAGAAGCUGAUCAAGGGGAGGCAGUAUGUGGUCAGGGUUCAGGCCACUCCUAACAAAGAACCACAAUUGUGGAGCGAGUGGAGUCCAGUUACUCAGUGGGAAUCCACUGUGGGUUUACCACCUCUGUCCGGUUACUGAAUGUUUGGAAACCUCACUGAUUAUGU